AUGGCUCAGAAGGAUAUGCGAAGAGCAGACCUGGUGGUACCCUACGAGGCUCCACCGAUCAAAAAGACGGACGGUGAUAUUUCUGGUACCAUUGCAAGCACCAUGCCAAUGGCUGCUAUGUUCACUCGAAACAGGAUGAUCGGAUGGUCUUCCCUUGUCUUCACCCUCCAGACAUGGCUAGCGGAAAGCGAAGACCAAAGAAAGGCAUCUACCACUCCCGCAUAUAUGUCCGUUUUCAUGUCAGCAAUGGCUGUCAUUGUGACGUAUAUGCCUCUUUUCCUGCCACCACCUCAGGCUGCCAACAAAGCUCCUCCUGCACCGGCUUCUUAA